ACUAAUUCAGGACGUCUUUUAGCUGACAAGAAGAACAAGCGGAAGAAACUUACCAGCUUAUUAGUUAUUUUAAUGUCCGUACAAUAGAUGGCUUAAAUACUUUCCACGCCAUGGGAGGCAUAAGAUGUGUUGCUCCAAAAUCAGAGAAUUCUGAUCAACAAAUUGUUCGUGUAACUAAAAUACCUUCAUCGGCUAUCACAGCUCAUUACGGUCAGAUGCCCGUAAGUUGUUUUUUUAGAAACGAGCCUUCGGAGCUUAAGAAUAAAACUAUUCAAAAUUAUGAUUGUAAUGAUCCUAUUCUACCUACUUUCGCAGAUUGUUUGUGGCUUUAUGGCAAAUCAGAAGAAUUUCCUAAUAUACCUGGAUGGAGCAGUUUUAUGGAAGAUAUUACAAAAAAAAACAGAUUUUUGCGUAUCUGAUGUAGAAUUUCUUCCCUUUAUCAAUGCUCCUUCUUCAGAUUAUAAUACUAUCUACACUUCACUAAAAGUAGCAGCAGAAAACUCUCGCAAUAUUGGCAUGCAAACUUGUAUUGUUACUUUUGACCAACCCCUCUACUAUAAAUCGCAAGAGAUUCUGCAUUCUUCAAAAGAUGAUGCUUUAAAAAAUGUUGUGGUAAGACUUGGGGGGUUUCAUAUGUUAAUGUCCUUUUUAGGUGCGAUAGGCUUUAUAAUGAAAGAAAGCGGCAUUAAAGAACUUUGGAGCUGUGUGUAUGCCACUAAUUCCAUAGAUAAAAUGCUAAUGGGUCAUUCUUAUGCCAGGGCUGUUAGAGCUCAUAUGUUGACUAAUGCAGCACUUUUUAAAUUAAUGAGUGAUGAUAUUCAUCUUUCAUUGGAGGAAAAGAUCGACAUUGAAAAUGCAAUUGAUAACAAACAAAUAGAUGUAACUUGUCAUGCUUACCAGUUAUUGCAAAACAAAUUAGCGGAGGCUUUAACAGUUUUUCGAACACAUGGACCAACUGCUCAACUAUGGUUGCAAUAUUUUGAAAUGACCACUUUGAUGAAAAAAUUCAUUGAGGCUGAACGCAGUGGGAAUUGGAAUUUACAUUUGGAGACUGUAAAAAUUAUGUUGCCUUUCUUUUACUCAACUGGGCAUUUUAAUUAUGCAAAGUGCAUAUCUAUGUAUUUGGAUGACAUGUACAAUCUUCAGAAUGUCAUGCCCACAGAAGAAUAUGAUAGAUUCACCAAAGGCUUAUUUACUAUCCGUCGUACGGACAAAUUUUGGUCCGGUGUAUGGUCCGAUAUGACUAUCGAGCAGACUCUUAUGCGUUCCAUGAAAAGUACAGGUGGUCUGACUCGUGGAAGAGGAGUAAGUGAAAAUAUUCUUUCAAGGUGGAUAUUAAGCCUGCCUGUGGUGCAAAAAGUCUCAGAAAAAGUCGAAAUGUAUUGCAAAGUAGAAGCAAAAUCUUGCGAGCAGCACAUGGAUUCCGGACGUGCCAGGAUCAAGCGUGACAGAACUGAUAUUGCUAAGCUUUUUCAAUGGCUCAAAACACAUGACCCAUUCCGUAUUACGGAUAAAAUUGUGUGCAUCAGCAAAGGUAUAGUUGGACAUAAUGAAAUUAAUUGUCAUAAAGCUCGUGACAUUGGAAGAGACAUGAUGUUAGCCAAAGUUGGAUGUAAUUAUAAUGAUAUUAGGUUUUCAAGAAAACAGAGGGUUAUCACUUUACAAAACAUGACUGCCUCUGUAAAAACAAGUGACGGUGAAAAAGUGGCAAUUGACUCCGAUUUAAUUAUGAGGAGGAUUUUAUUUAGUAAGCAAUCACAACAAGAGCUGCAAACUUGUUUUGAAUUUGAAUUGACGCCAUACCCACUAUCUCUCUUUGAUGCUUCUGGUAUGAGAAAAACGAAGAAAUCGUCGCUGUAUGACUUAUUUGAGUCUUUCCAAAGUAUUCCAAAUACUAAUGAUAAAUGCUAUGUAAUUGAUGGUGGAUACUUAUUGCAUAAGGUUAUAUGGCAAAAAGGUAUGUCUUUUAGGAGCAUAUGUGAUAGGUAUGUUCAUUAUGUCACAAAAACAUUUGGCAUUACAUCUAUUGUUGUAUUUGAUGGCUAUGGAAAUAUAGAAAUGAACAUUAAAAACGCUGAAAGAGCUCGAAGAACACAGGGCAAAAAAUUUGUUGAAAUUCUUUUUGAUGAAAACACUACAGCUACCGUGACUCAAGAUAGUUUCUUAAGUAAUGAAAAAAACAAGGAACGUCUAAUAACAAUGUUAAAAAGCAGAUUUGAACAAGCUGGAAUAAAUACAUAUCAAAGUGAUGAUGACGCUGAUACAUUAAUUGUCACUACAGCUAUUCAGAAAACUGCUUCGCACGAAACUGUGUUAAUCGUUGGGGAAGAUGUCGAUCUUUUAGUUAUUUUGAUGGCGUAUCCAAACCCUAACGUAUAUUUGAUGAAACCUGGAAGAAAUAAAAUUCCAACCAAAUAUUAUAACACAAACAGUUUAUUGGAACCAUCUGUUAAAGAGCACAUUCUCUUUCUUCAUGCUUUUUCCGGGUGCGAUACAACAUCCGCUCUGUACCGCAUAGGAAAGAAAAAACGUUUUUCCAUAUUGAGAAAAGAUAUCGAGUUGAAACAAUUGCUCAAAAUUUUCAAGGAUCCCGAAGCAGAUGCUUCGGCUUUAACUGAUACUGGUGAAAAAUUUAUGUGCACACUUUAUGGUGAUCCUUCAAAAACCUUGAACAUUUUGAGAUAUGAACGAUUUGCGCAAGCAACAUUGAAGAGUGCUUUUAAUAUGGCUAAUCUUCCACCCACUGCAGAUGAUGCAAAACACCACACUUACAGAGUUUAUUAUCAGAUUCAAAAAUGGCUUAACAAUUAUAAAGACCCCACCCAUUGGGGCUGGAAAAUACAAGGAGACAUGCUUACUCCUGUACAAAAAACAUUGAAUGCAGUUCCUGCUCACAUACUACAAACUAUAUCUUGUCGGUGUAAAGUAUCUUGCUGUCGAAAUUGCACCUGUAAAAAAUGUGGUAUGCAAUGUACAGAUUUGUGCACUUACUGCGUAGGAAGAGAUUGUCAUGGAACAUUAAAUAAUAAUAACUAUAAUAUUGACUCAUCGGAUGAUGAAGACGCAGACGAAAUCAUUACAUCCGAAACUGAUGAUGUAUUUAAUGAGUACGUAGCAAGUGAGAGAGAAACUCUAGAAGAAGAAGAAGAAUAACAAUUUGUCAAUAACAUCAUAAUAAAACUUUAAUCUGUAUAAUUUGUCUCUGCGAAUAUUAAACACAGGACGUAUAUUCUUUGUAUUAUAAAAAUAUCAUUAUAUUGCGUUGAGUCAAAGUUUGCCAGUAGAGCAUAGAUUUGGUAACCUGAGAUCAAGAUUAAUAAAUAAAGUUUGUCUUCAAAGGGCUGUCAUAAUUUAAAUUUACCUAUCAUCUUGUAUUAUUAACAAUUAUUUAACUUGUAAUAAGUUAAUUAGUAUGUAAUACUUAGACUGAAUUUGAGACUGCACUUGUUCUAUUUAUUUCGUCGAGCUAGUUCUACUUACUUUAUGGGUCCUAUUAAUAAUAUACCUUUUUACGCAUAAUACAUUUAGAUUUAAAAAGUAUACAGGGCGUAACAGAAAGAGGGCACCAACACAACAACAACACAAAUUUUCCAAAGAAAUAUAGCUCGGAAUAUGUAAAAGAAAUUUGCCAUCUUAUACAAAACUGCCGAUCAGCUGAUCAAUUUACUGUGGGAAGGCCAAUUUUUUAUUUCAUAUUCCAAUCCACGUUUCUUGUGAAAAGUUGUGAAGUACGAUCUUAAAAAUAACUCCUAUUUCGGGUUGAUACCCCCUUUUCUAUUAAUUUUCUUAGGCUGAUGAUUAGUGAUUUCUAUUUUCCAAUUCUAAGAAAAGUUUUUAUUAAAACAAAUACAAAACAAAAUACCUCUUUUAUUUAUGACUUUAUCUGAAUAAAAAACUGACCCACUUAAGUUACUUUUGUAAGGCAAAAUGUUUUCUCCAAGUAUAUGUACGGUAAUAGUUUAAUAUUUUUUAAUGAAACCGUUUGUUUUUCGAAUUUAUUUAAAUUUAAAUCAACUAUGACACAUAAAAAUACACAAAAAUAAUUUUGCCUAAAUCCAGCCCUGUUUUGAAAGCUACGUAGAUUGCAAUCAACUGUGACGUCCCGUCCAACUUUACUCAAUGUAGGUAAGGAACUUAACAAAUACAAAGAUUAUUUUUGUAACUAAUUGAUUAUUUAUCAAGUAAGUACCUAUUUAUUACACAGAUAUAUAAAUAGGUAAUGGAUACAUCACUCGAGCCUCGAACGCGCACACCACGAGCCAUUUUUAUUUAUUUAUAUAUGACAAGCCAAUCAAUAUUAGGCCGUAUAGCGAUAAUCUUAUGGAUUAAACUAGCUUACACGCUAUUGCAUGUUUUUCGAAUUUUCUAUUAUUUGCUUAAAAUUGUGUUGGAUUAGGAUACCAGUGCUUAUAAUUCGAUAUUUUUUUUAAAGUCUGCUAUCAAUAUCCUCUGUUAUUAUUUUGCUUGUGCUUAAAAACAGGGUUGAUCUUGAAACCCAACUACCGAAAAAGUUUUUGGUUAGAUACAAUAUAAUUCGCGAUCGAUGUUAUUGUCCUAAUACAAAACACUUAUUACAUAACUUAUAUAUUUUUUUUCAUGAUUAUAAUAUGACUAGAACAAAAAAAUAAAUAAAGUUUAAUAAAAAUCAGUAUUUCCUGUAAAUUUUUUAGUUGGAUUUCAGUAAUUUUCGUUGUCGGUAAAUAAACCAAAAUUUGUGAAAAAAGUCGUGUUAGUAAUUUUGCGUGAAUAAAUGAAGGUUUUUU